AUGGAGACAAUUUCAAGUUCUUCCAGGCUGGAUUUUAAAAAUUUAGUAGUGUCAACUAAAGCAAAGGUGCUAAUGAGGGAUGUCUCUGGAUCGGCAUGUAGUGGCGAUCUGUUAGCUAUUAUGGGACCUACAGGCGCUGGGAAAACUACUCUUCUCAAUGUUUUGGCGGGAAGAAUACCAUUUGACUCUGGAACAAUCAAUCUGAAUGGACAACCCUUUAACAAAACACAGAGGCGUCGUCUUGGUUAUGUACUACAGGAUGAUAUAUUUUUAUCUAAUCUGACACUUUGGGAAACACUUUAUUUUACAGCAAUGAUACGGAUACCAGACCAAGUUCCACAACAGGAAAAGAUUGAAAAGAUCUAUAGAAUUGUCGAUUCCCUUGGCCUAAGGAAGUGUCUACAUACAGCUGUUGGUGAUAUUUUCAGUCGUGGUCUUUCUGGAGGAGAGAGAAAAAGAGCGAACAUUGGCUGUGAGCUUCUUACAGAUCCAGAUAUUCUUCUUAUAGACGAACCUACAUCCGGUCUAGACUCCAGUACAGCACAUUCUUUGAUGAAACAGCUGAAGGAUUAUGCUACACAAUGUAACAAAACAAUUGUGGCUACCAUUCACCAACCCUCCAGUCAAGUUUUCCACAUGUUUUCCACACUGUUACUGCUUAUGGAAGGAAAGAUGGCAUACUUUGGUUUAGCCAGCAAGGUUACAGAACAUUUCGCUAGACUAGGAAUGCCUUGUAAUCAACAUUACAAUCCAGCUGACUUUCUUUUAGAGAUUCUGACUCCUGAUAUAAGCUCGAAGUUAGAAGAAGAGAACACUGGUAAAAUUCAAAUUCUGCUCGGGAAGGAAGAAAGCUCAUGUUCGCCUUACAAGAUAAACGGAUCUAAUGUCAAAAAAAUUACGAAAGAUCGCAGGCAUGAAGAUGUGGAACUCGUGUUAGUUAAACCAUUAUCUGAGGACAUUGUGGUGGAGAAAAGUAUCAUUGGUGAAGGGGAGACAACCCGACGGUGGAGCACUUCAAUUUGGACUCAGUUUAAAAUGCUCAACUGGAGGUCAUACAAGCAAUCGAAAGGAAGAAUAUUCGAAAAGUUUGACCUCCUACAAGCUGCUUUCAUAGCAUCCUUUGCCAGCAUUUUAUUCUUUCAAAUCGAUGAUUCGAUCAACACCGUCCGAGAUCGAAUGGGUUUGGUGACUAUUUCGUUGAUUUAUUGGUCCUUUCAAAUGCUCAUUACAACGCUUUUAGGAUUUACUGGUGAGCGUGCUGUUGUCAGUAAGGACCGGGCUGCCGGGGCGUACCGAUUGUCAGCUUACUACCUCGCUAAAAUCACCAGUGAGAUGCCUCUCCUGCUUUCAGUACCUUUUGUGUUUAACACUGCUGUGUACUGGUUGGCUGGUUUGGGAGGGGUGGACGGCUACUUCGUAUACCUGGGGAUUGGAACGCUUAACUGUCUAAUGAUGCAGAGUUUGGCGCAUAACCUUGGCGUUCUGAUCAAGAACGUCAAACUGAGCAUGAUGGCGGGAAAUGUUAUCAUAUUAGGCGGGCUAUUACUAGGAGGAUUUCUUAAUAUCAAUCCGCCUGACUGGCUAAAGUGGGUGAAGUACAUCACACUGGUUCACUACCCUUACUCUGCCAUAAUGACUUAUAUACUAAAGGAUAUGGAUGACGUUUGGUGUAACCAAACAAGUCCAGAUUUCUAUUCUCAGUGCGGAAAUAACACGACCGAUGUACUGACGUCACGUGAUGUAUUAAUGGGGAUUGGUGUGGAGCUCCCUAUAUAUUGUUAUAUUAUGACAAUAGUAAUUGUCACAUCGUUGUUUUAUAUUCUUGGCUAUUACUCAUUGAAAUUAAAACGGGUAUGA